GAGGGGGAGGGGGAGGAGCGGGCGGCGAUGGGGUCCCGUGCGGAGUCCUCGACGGGGACCGGCCAGGGGGCGUCUCCUUUGGCUUCCUCGGGUGUCAGUCGACUGUGGAGACUCAGCAACUUGGCCAUGGCCGUCUUCUUCGGGCUAGCCGGGGUCGUUCAGAUCAAUGACCCUGAUCCAGGACUCUGGAUAGUGGCCUACUCUGUACCUGCAGCUCUCACACUGGUUGUCAGCUUUAAUCCGCCAAUUGCAGAUAACGUUGUGUGGAAAAGUUUAUCUGACCUACAUUCAGUUGCUUGUGCUGUGGGUGCAGCAAUCUUGGGAUACUCUUUGGUUGCUAAUGCUCAAAAGAACAUCUUGCAUGAGGAAGAAGGCCGGGAGUUAUUUGGUCUGCUGAUUGUUACAGUCUGGAUGAGCCUUUGUCGUAGUUCAGCCAAAAACUCCCUGGGUGGGGUUCGUGUGGCUAUUGCGAUUUUUCUUUCCCUCUUCCCCUUUGUAAUGUGGCUCUACAUCUACAUGAAUGCAGAGAUGCGAGCAUCCUGGCCGUCUCACUGUAAAACAGUUAUCUAAGAUGGCGAAAAUGCGCUUAUCAGUGUUCCAGUGUACCUUUGGCCCAGGACCAAUUCUUCACUGAUGCCAGAUAACAGGAAGCACCACUGCGACUAAGAUCACAGAGUUGGAAGGGACCAGUAAGGCCCUUGGGUCCAACCUCCUGCUCAAGGCAUGACUGCAGGGUAAAGAAUCAUCAACAGAUGGCUGUCCAACUACAUCUUGGAUGCCUCCAGUGUGGGAGAGCUCACCACCUGGCUAGGUAAUUGGUUCCAUCAUCAUACUGCUCUUAGUCAGGAAACUUUUCCUGAUGUCCAGCUGGAAUCUGGCCUUCUGUAAUUUGAGCCCAUUGUUCUGUAUCCUGUGCCCUGGGUUGAUUGAGAAGAGAUCGUGGCCUUCCCCUCUUUGAUAACCUUUCAAGUUUGUUGCCUCAAAGAGUCUAGUUUUAAAGGAUCUAUUAAAUUCCUGAAAACUGGAAAUUUGAGAACAUUCUCUGGCUUCUGGCCUAGAUUUUCAGAGAGAGAAUAUAACAGCAACAAAUGCAUGAAUUAUGGUUGUAUUAACUGUGUGUCCUUGAUAGGCACAAAGGACUGAUUGAAUGAAACAGGAGUGUUGCUGUGGGAAUAAGCUGAAGCCCAGAGGUGGCUUGAACUUCCUGUGUAAAGGCAGAGAUGGCUAUGUAUGUAAGUAAUGUAAAUAAAGCUACCGGUAAUUUGA